UUUCAUACUGUACAAGUUCAUUUAUAACAUCGCUCACAAAUAAAAAAAAAAUCUAGGUUUGUAAUGGAGAUGGCUGGUUCCGUAGACAAUCGAGCUUUUCACUGUUGAAGCGGCAGAGUCAUGGCGUCCUUUUCAGGACCCUCUAACCCAUUUCCGUUAGUGUUCAAUUGUCAACCUGGAAAUCACCCGGUAACCCACUUGGCUGCACCUAUUCCCGCAUUGAUACACAAUAGAAACCCAUUAGUAACCCAUCAACGAGAUGCAGGGGACGGGGUUGCCCCCCAAAGAAGAACCAGCAUCACCAGAACAUUGGAGGAAGAUGCCAGAGGGAAAGAUGAAAUCAACAGGAAGGUAGCUUCACAGAGAGCAAUUUCAAUAAUUAUGAGGAGAGAGGCGAUGAAAGCAGUAUUCGAGAAGAAAAAGGGCAGCUCCAAGAAGCUACUUCCCAAUGAUAUUCUCGAAGCUCUUCACGAACGCAUCACUGCUUUGCGCUGGGAAUCCGCUCUUAAGAUCUUUGAACUCCUUCGUGAGCAGCUAUGGUACAAGCCGAAUGCUGGUGUGUAUAUCAAACUAAUUGUAAUGCUUGGAAAAUGUAAGCAACCUGAGAAAGCUCAAUCCUUAUUUCAGAUGAUGAUUGAUGAAGGCUGUGCUGUGAAUCAAGAAGCUUAUACUGCUCUAUUGUCUGCAUAUAGCCGUACUGCCCUUUUCAAUGAUGCUUUUUCACUCCUUGAAGAGAUGAAGAACACUCCUAAUUGUCAACCUGAUGUCUUCACAUAUACCGUUCUCAUAAAAUCGUACCUUCAAGUUUAUGACUUUGGUAAAGUUAGAGUUCUCCUUUCUGAAAUGGAGAUCGAGGGGAUCAAGCCCAAUACAGUUACAUAUAAUAUCCUCAUUGACGCUUACGGCAAAGCAAAGAGGUUCACUGAGAUGGAAUCUGUACUUGUGGAAAUGCUUCAGAGGAGAGACUGUUCUCCAGAUGAGUGGACCAUGAACUCUUCAUUGAGAGCAUAUGGUGGUAGCGGGCAGAUAGAAAUGAUGGAGAGCUGCUAUGAAAAGUUCCAAUGUGCUGGGAUUGAACCCACUAUUAAGACUUUCAACAUCCUUUUAGAUUCAUAUGGAAAAACCGGAAAUUAUGAUAAAAUGAGUGCUGUUAUGGAAUACAUGCAGAAGUACCAUUUCUCAUGGACUAGAGUUACCUAUAAUAUCAUAAUAGAUGCAUUUGGGAAGGCUGGAGAUUUGAAACAGAUGGAAUAUGUUUUCCGGCUUAUGCAGUCCGAGAGGAUAAAACCAGACAGGGUCACACUUUGUUCGCUGGUUCGAGCGUAUGGGCAAGCUGGGAAUGCUGAAAAAAUUGGAGGUGUUCUGAAAUUUGCUGAUAAUGCAGAAGUUACACUGGACACUGUUUUUUUUAACUGCCUAGUGGAUGCAUAUGGGAUGAUGGAAUGCUUCCCGGAGAUGAAAGAAGUGCUUGAACUAAUGCAGAGCAAAGGAUGUAAGCCUGAUAGAGUAACAUAUAGAACCAUGAUUAAAGCAUACUCAAUUGGUGGGAUGACUAGUAAAGCAAAGGAGUUCAAGAACCAACUUGCGUCGUUGGAGGAGAAUCAACCCGGCCGGAAAAUGUUCAAAGUAAAGUGAGGCUUUUCACAUUAUUGUCGCGGUCUUUUGCUUGUACAGUCUUUACACUUCAUUUUUUGUCAUCAAAUCUGCAUCAUUUUCUCAAGUGUAAAUAAGCUCUUCUAGGAACUCGAGUUUAUUAGUUAAUCAACAAAUUUAUCGGCCACUGAAUUGAUUUUUAAGCCUCU